AUUCCCCGAGGGAAGUUCCCAGCUAGUUGUAAAACAUGUAAAAAUGUACAUUUGUGCGAAACACUCCAUUUCCUCCCCUUUAACGCGAACAUUGAGCUUGAGCAGGACCGAGAGCGCGCCAUGACCUCAAACCGAUAGAUAAAUGACCCAUGACGGCUGUGUCCGUGAUGUUACUGAAGGCUGCGGCAUGGACCGAAACAUUGGUGAUCCGCUGAACAAAGCCUACGAAGCCUACCGCAACAUCUCGAUUGAGAAUGAAAAUGCCAAAAAGCUACUACAGGAGAAGACAGAGCAUUUUCAAUGGUAUACACAGCAGCUGGAGAAAAAGAUAGAAGACCAAGAGCAGGAGAUAUCAGAGCUCAAAGCACAAUUAAAUUCAGUAAAGCAUGCUUCAGGGGAAGUGAAAUGUUGCGAGACUGCACACCGAAAACAGGAAAUAGAAAGGUUGUCACCUAGUAUUCAGUGGCCUAGCAACUCCCCCCCUUCCCACAGGACUAAGUAUAUCCUGAAAGAGCCCCUGGAGUUAACACCGAUGCAUCCCCAUCCAGUACCUGGAGUUAGUGGCAUGAAGAUUGAGGAUGUUCUAGACACGCUUCAGGAAAUCCAGGGGACUUUCCAGAGGAUUCAGACUCUUGCAAGACGGCAGAAAGAUCACCUGAAAAGAAUACACAAAGGAAAUGAUGCUGCCAGUGCGGAGCAACAGUUCUCCAUGCCCAUCCAGUGCACGGACGACAGCGGCGAACAAGUUGAAGAGCCCUCCCCUUCCUCCUCAAGGCCAGAGGUUGAUGAAGGUUUGACCUCAAGUGCACUAGCAUCGCGGGGUGCCAGCCCAGAGGAUGGUAACUUUAUGGACGAUGUUAGGUUUCCACCACCCACAGAUAGUGAAUACGAAUUUCUGCACAGUGCUACAGAAAGGAGUGUGCCACUUCCAAUGCCCAGUAAAGACCUGUCAGAGCCCAUUUCCACAGUGUUGGAGGAGUCUUACUCCUCGUACACUGUCUCUAGUCCAGCAUCACAGCUGCUGCCUGCACCUGCAUCACACGAAGGAGUCCGGGGACCACAACAGCCUCUGUGGAGCCCUAAUCUGAGCCCUGCUAUUGCAUCGGAACCAUCAAGCAUGGGGUCUGCUCACUGUACUUUUUGCAAGGCUACUGUUCCCAAUAACCUCAUGUACAGCCACCUCAAUUCACACUUCCAGGACAAAGCGGGUGAUUGACAGACAGACCCAGGAGCUGCCGACUAGCCGAUGUCUUGCCUUAUUCAUGGCUUUGUUGCCCGUCGUCUAUGCACAAUGACCUCGGCACACGGCGGCCACCGUGGCUUUUCAUCCAGAGCGUGGUGGGACAAGAGGUCUCCAUGCUCAUUUAUUUAAAUUGUAAGAACUUGAACGGUACAUUUUGUGGUAUUAACAACUCAGUUAAACAACCUGGUUUUGAUGUGUGGGACUUUUGAAUGUGUCGUUUGUGUGACUGUGUAAUAAAGAAAUGCUUCCAUUUUAUAA